UCAAUGACGCAAUCAUUAUGCGCGCUGCGCUAGGAGGCGGUGGCGGAUGCCUCUUCGAAACAGAAAACUGUCUUUUACCUAGGACUUGGUUUUCCUCUCAUCCUGCUAAAAAGCAGCUGUCAGGAUGCCAAAGAAGUUCCAGGGUGAGAACUCCAAGGCGGCCACUGCCAAAGCCCGCAAGGCUGAGGCCAAGGCAGUGGCAGACGCCCGUAAGAAGAAGGAAGAAGAAGACGCCCUCUGGCAAGAAACGGACAAACACGUACUUAAAAAAGAGCAGAGGAAGGACGACAAGGAGAAGAAGCGGUUGGAGCUUCUUGAGAGGAAAAAGGAAAACCAGCGGCUCCUGGACGAGGAGAACGCCAGGAUAAAAGGAAAAGCGCAGAGGGAGGCAGCAGCUGGUGGAAAAGUGACUCGGGCUCAAAUUCAGGACAUACUUCAAAAUGAGGAGCAGCAAGAGCUGGAGAUGAARCCGAAAGAGAAAAGCCACCUGGAUACUCCUCUGGAGGAGAAUAUUAACAGAGUCAUAGCUGAAGAAGGAAGUGUGGAAGCCCGAACAAUCGAGGAGGCCAUCUCUGUGCUCAGCACGGGGCCGGAAGACCUGGACCGCCACCCGGAGCGGCGGAUGAAAGCUGCUUUUACUGCCUUUGAGGAAGCAAACAUGUCCCGACUAAAAAUGGAGAACCCCAACAUGAGGUUGUCGCAGCUAAAGCAACAGCUGAAGAAAGAGUGGGCCAAAUCUCCUGAGAACCCUCUGAACCAGCGUUUUGCCUCCUACAACUCGAAGUGAAUUCAUUUUUCACAGUGUCGCUUGGAAACUCUGCUYGCUUAGGCAAAUUAGAGACUUUGAUUUGAAAAACUAAUAAUUUCACUGAAAAGAAAAAGUGUCAGUGAUGAUGCUUCAUCAGCAAUCACCCGGUUACACCCUAUCCUGUGCCAGAGGACUUGACUCUUUUGUUUAAUUUAGUAGUAAGAGGAACUGCUUUUCAUCUCCCAAAAUAACAACUGUUUAUCAUGUUUCUGAACAUGGCCUUUAAUGAGGCAACUCAGCAUCUCAUUAAUUAAAUGACUUAUUCUUUAGCCCUUCUGGGAAGGUGGGGAACCAGAUGUUUUGGGAAUAACUUAUUAAAGUUCACGGCUGAAUCAUCAA